AUGGCCGAUCGUCAGUCCCGCACUUACAAGCGCGGGGUAGGUCGUAGCAGCGGAGGCCGUAAGCGUGUUCCGGCGCGAAGCGAUGCCCGGUCGACCGUCGGCAGCCAAGCCGGCUCAUACGGCGGCCGCGGCUCCUCGGCGGCGCCGGUCAUUGGACAGGGAACUACUUCCGAACGGCCCCUCCCCUCACGGCCCCUCCCCUCACGGCCCCUCUUCCUCCGUCAAUGCGACUUAUGCACCCCAUUUGCUAGGGAUGCGACCUCUACGGGUUACGCGUAA